UUUCUGUCAGAUGGAAGCCGAAGGCAUCGGGGGACAGCGGCCAUGUGACCACGGAUGCCAGGAUUGGUUUAGUGCAGCUGUGACAUCAGCAAAGCAGCCAUUCCCUCCCACCUCCCUCCGUCUUAGUCUUCCUCGCUCUCCUGAGCGCUCCGUGUUCCCCCUCUUCCUUUCCUCAGCAUCUCUCCACCGAGCCAGCUUUCGCGUGCCUUGGCGCUUGGGGCGUCCAGGACCGAUCGGGCCCCUUAUUCCAGGAUUAUCCCCACGGCUUUCUCUUCCUCUCUCUUGCUGUCCUCCACAGCUGCUGUCAUUCACCCUCUCCCUUGCCCUCCCCUCCUCUCAUCUCUGUAUACGGGAGUUGGGCCUCUGAGGGAGUCAACCUCCGCGUUUGGCCGGGGGAACCGGGCGCAAUUAGCCAUGCCCUGCCCGGGCAUCCUUUGACCAUCUGGAAUCAUUUCCCACUCGUGUCCAUCUGCACACCAGCGGCAGUGUAGGAUGAAAAUCUGCAACCAUGAUGCAAGGACUGAAAAAGCGAACUAGGAAGGUCUUGGGCUUACAAAAAAAAGACAAGGAUGCAGAGACCACGAGCUCACCUGACAAAGAAGCAAGUGCGAGUGGAAAGAAAAGAAACAAAAAGACUAACGGAGCACCCAAUGGUUUCUAUGGAGAGUUUGACUGGGACAGAUACGCAUCGCCCGAUGUGGAUGAGGAAGGUUUUAGCCAACGUCCUGGCGCUGAAGGUGAUGCAGCUUCCACAGGAAAGCAGUUUUUCUCCUCCAGCGAUUCAGAGGACGAGGAAGAAAGCAAGAGAAAGUUCCAAAUCAGGAUCAAGCCACUGGUGACUGAGAGUGCCAAAUGUAUCCCUCCAUCGGUGGAUGAGCUCAAAGCCUCAGUUGGAGGUUUGGCGCUUUCUCCAUCUCUGAAGAGAAGUCCGAGACGCAGCCCGGGACAGAUAAAGAGGCACCUGUCAUGUGAAGAGAUUGCUCGACCCAGACGCUCGACCCCCACGCCAAGUCCUGCCCCUGACACCUCAAGUGACAGACUAUCGCAGAACAGCCCCCCCGCCUUCUUCAGACUGCCCUCACUGAGCCAAUAUGCCAGAUAUGAUGUGCUUCCUGCUGAUGUCUGGGGAGGAUCUCAGCCAAGGUCGGAGUCGCCUUUGAGCAAAAGUUUCCCGACGGGAGCUCCUCCUCCGCUCCCUCCCAAGAACAUAUCGCGGAGUCAAGGCUAUCCUUCGCAAUCUGCAGUUGAUUUACCCAACAGAAGAGCAACUUGCAGUUCUGCCCCCAUCUACCUAAGCGUCUUGUCGCCCUCAUCCCACCGAGGCUCGGCGGCGCCCGACCUGGACGAUGUGUUUGGUAGCCCGCGCGCUGCCGAAGACACCCCGUCCGCCAGAUGGGUUACUUUCACAAAUGACAGACCUCCGCCACCAGAUGAGCCCGCUCCGCCCCCUCCACCAGAUUCUCCCGCCCCGGACACCCCCUCGUCCACACCCUCCACCCCGCGUCUCUCGCCGGGACCCCCUCCCAACGAGCCUCCGCCUUCACCUCCGGCCGUCUCUCCUGACUCUUUGCCUCUUUUCACGCCACCGGACUCACCCACUUCCAUCAUGUUGGGACCUCCUCCUCCGGAUGAACCGGCCCCUCCCCUGCCCCCUUAUUUCUCGCCCAGCAGUUCGCCAGCUGUCUGCCUUGAUGAGGAGGCCAUUGAUGAGGAGGUGCUGCAGUUUGCGCAUUACUCGCCCUCCCCAGUAUCAAGAAGUCCCGUGCCUCCUCUGCCAGCGGAGAGACGGUCUCCUCGAACAGGAGUUAUAUCACCGCUGCUUUUGGGGGGAGUAGGGGGGAAAAGGACGCCCGAGGCGCUGCACCUGAGAGACGACAUCCCAGAUUUGACGGGUUCACCAAGAGAGCUAACGGCGAGCUUCCGCGGAACGCCGCCUCCUCUUCAUCCGACCGCGUACCGAUCCAUUGUGUCUUCCCCUGGGCCUCAUUCAGGAGCAUCUUCACCAGCCCGCUGCGCUACCCCCCAGUCUCGUGGCAGUCCGGUCCCUCCUCCUCCUCCUCCGCGGCCUUCUUCGCGGCCAAAGUUGCCCCCCGGAAAACCCACCCCAGACCUGACUCCGCCCUUCAGUCCUUCUGUGUCUGGAAGCCCUCCACCUUUUGCCCCACUGGCUCGGGCAGAGAGCUCCUCUUCCAUCUCUUCCAUAACGUCGCAGAGCGCGGCGUCCACACCCACUUUAGGGCGGGACCUCAAUCUGUCCAACACAGGGGGUUCAAGAGGGCCCAGCCCGCUUACCAUGGGACCUCAGGACACUCUGCCAGUGGCAGCGGCCUUCACAGAAACCAUCAACGCUUACUUCAAAGGCGCCGACCCCAGCAAAUGUGUGGUGAAGAUUACCGGGGAACUGGUGCUCUCCUUCCCGGCAGGCAUCACCAGGCAUUUCGCCAGCCACCCGACUCAACCCGUCCUCAUCUUUAGCAUCGGCAACUACACCCGACUGGAGCAGGUCCUCCCCAAUCCACAGCUGCUGUGCUGUGAUUCCCCAACAGACAGCGUAGAGACCAAGCAGUUCUGGGUGAACAUGCAAAACUUGAUGAGUCAUCUUAAGAAAGUGGCUGAGCAGAAGCCCCAGGCGACAUACUAUAAUGUGGAUAUGAUCAAAUAUCAGGUGUCAGCAGAUGGAAUCCAGUCCACUCCUCUCAAUCUCGCCGUGAGUUGGCGCGGCGAUGCCGACAACACGGACCUGAGGAUAGACUACAAAUACAACGCAGAGGCCAUGGUGACCCCGGCGCCGCUUCACAACGUCCACUUUCUGGUUCCUGUGGAUGGAGGCGUAGCUAAACUCCAGGCUAUGGUCCCACCUGCCACCUGGCAUCCAGAGCAGCAGAUGAUACAGUGGAAGAUUCCCAGCCUUUCCAGUAGGUCUGAAAAUGGAGGAGUCGGGGCUCUGCUGGGCCGCUUCCAGCUGACAGAGGGUCCGUGGAAACCCUCCCAGCUGGCAGUUCACUUCACCAGUGAGGGCAGCACUAUGUCCGGUUGCGAUAUCCAACUGCUCGGGACUGGCUACAGGCUCUCCCUAAUUAAGAAGAGAUUCGCUGCAGGGAAAUAUUUGGCAGAUAAUUAGUGGACCCGCCAAUGCACACAAGCAGGGGAAUCCGUGGUUUGUUUGUUUUUUUUGCCUCUGACGACAAUGACUCCGUUUUAAACUUUACAGCAUCCAUCAGUAGAAAGAUGGCUGCUGAGUGUAUGCAAAUCAUGUAGUUUGUUACUUGAAACACUUUUGGGCCCUAAAGGAGUGAAAUCCUAAUUGACUCCUGGAAGCUUAAUCGUGGAUCCAUACAGUGAUGCAGCCAAACCUCCCUAACUUUGUCCAACUUGUCAUUGUAAAUUUAUUGUAAAAGAUAAUAGAUGAUAUAUUAUGACCACAGGGUGGAAAAUGUACAAAAAUUGUAUGAUAAGGAGGGUUAUUUUCCAAUGGAAAUGUAUUCAUUUAGAGAUUAUUUAAAAAA